GGCGAUCUGAUAAAUUGGCUAUUGAAAUGUCAAAUGUAAUACAAACAAUAUUUCUAGAUAAGUAAAAUAUGAAUAAAGAACAUGGAAAAUACGUGUAGUAUAGCAAAAUGGAUUUUCAGCAUUGCAAUAUAAUUAUAUUAUUAAUUUUCCUGAGCAUUUUCAUACAUGAAUCUUUCAGUGGUCUAAACAAUUUGCAUAUGCACGAUGGAGCCUCCAUUCAUGACGUAACAAACGGCGAUAUAUUUUUUGAAAUAGUAGAACCACGGGAAUUGGAGUACACUUAUAGGUUAAGACCGGCGAAAGACUUCGGGGCUCCUUUUAAUUCGUCAAUUUCUCUAUUGAAAUCUCAUUUGAUUCCCGUCGAACCACCUUAUGCUUGUGAAGUUCUAACAAAUCAAGAGCUAUUUGGAAAAGUAGCAUUAAUAGAAAGAGGGAAACAUACAACAAUACAGGAAAAUAGUGAUUGAACCCAUGGAAUGGCCCAACAAUGAAAUUUUGUCCCAUCCAAAGUGUUGUUGAAUCCUGUAUAAAACAAC